AAUCUCCUCUCGCCAAAACACAAAGCAGACAAGGUAGUAGUACAGGCUUUUGUACGUACGUAGCAGAGGGAGUUCCCAAGAUGGCUGGGGCCUCUGCCAAGGUCGUCGCGAUGCUGCUCUCCGUGCUCGCCACGUACGGCUUCGCCGCCGGCGUCGUCUACACCAACGACUGGCUCCCGGCCAAGGCCACCUGGUACGGCCAGCCCAACGGCGCCGGACCCGACGACAACGGCGGUGCGUGCGGGUUCAAGAACACCAACCAGUACCCGUUCAUGUCCAUGACCUCCUGCGGCAACGAGCCUCUGUUCCAGGACGGCAAGGGCUGUGGCGCCUGCUACCAGAUACGGUGCACCAACAACCCGUCGUGCUCCGGGCAGCCCAGGACGGUGAUCAUCACGGACAUGAACUACUACCCCGUGGCCAGGUACCACUUCGACCUGAGCGGCACGGCGUUCGGCGCCAUGGCGAGGCCGGGGCUGAACGACCAGCUCCGCCACGCCGGCAUCAUCGACAUCCAGUUCAGGCGCGUCCCGUGCUACCACCGCGGCCUCUACGUGAACUUCCACGUCGAGGCCGGGUCCAACCCGGUGUACCUCGCCGUGCUGGUGGAGUUCGCCAACAAGGACGGCACGGUGGUGCAGCUCGACGUCAUGGAGUCGCUCCCCAGCGGCAAGCCGACGCGGGUCUGGACGCCCAUGCGCCGCUCCUGGGGAUCCAUCUGGCGCCUCGACGCCAACCACCGCCUCCAGGGCCCCUUCUCCCUCCGCAUGGUCAGCGAGUCCGGCCAGACCGUCAUCGCCCACCAGGUCAUCCCGGCCAACUGGAGGGCCAACACCAACUACGGCUCCAAAGUCCAGUUCCGUUGAUCCAUCGAUCGAUCUACCUAUGUGCAUGCAAUGCCUUCGUCGUCUUGUGUCGCCGGUCAAGAACGAAUUUUGAUUCUACCGAUCGGCAGUUCGGCACUAGUACUGUACUACGAUUCUGUGUGUGUGUGUGUGUGUGUGUGAUUGCAAUGCAAAUUGCGAACGGAUCAAUUAAGAGCGUUUUUUUCUCUCUCUCUUUUUAAUUUGUAGUUGUGUGUGUCAGCGAGAUGUGUGGGAAAUGGAACAGGGGCAGGGCACGCAGUAUCCAUGUGCUUGCUCUGAACCGCCCACAUUGACAAAUGACCCAAUGCCAAUAUGCCAUAUAUAUAUACCGGAUUGGCAGACUUAUUGUAUUGUGACCAAAACCAAGUUUGUAAUUGAACUGAAUUAAUACGGUGUGUUUGCUUAUCA